AUGUUGUCGACUGUCACCAGGAAAUUAACCUGUCAGGUUUACCGAGGUCUGACAAAACGUCUUUUCCAUGCAGGAACUAAACUUUGUCAACAAGAACAGACUGUAACCACCUUUCCGGAUAUCUAUACAGACGAUCAUAAACAAUUAAGAGAAUCACUCAGAAAGUUGAUUGACAAAGAAAUCAAUCCUUAUGUUGAUGAAUGGGAAGAAAAGGAAAUAUUUCCAGCUCAUGAAGUCUUCAAAAAACUAGGCAACCAUGGAUUUUUGGGUGUGAAUUAUCCUGUUGAAUAUGGUGGUCUUGGAUUAGAUUUUUCUUACUUAAUGGCAGUGGCAGAAGAAUUAGGAAAUAUAAAUUGUGGUGCUAUACCUAUGGCUAUUGGUGUACAAACAGCAAUGUCCAUCCCAGCUUUGAACAGGUUUGGAAGUAAGAAACUAAAAGAAAAAUUUCUAGCUCCAACCAUUGCUGGAGACUAUGUUGCAUGUCUUGGAGUGAGUGAAGUUGGAGCUGGGUCAGAUGUUGCAAGUAUACAGACAAAAGCCAUUCCACAAGGUGAUGACUUAAUCAUAAAUGGAGGAAAGAUGUGGACAACCAAUGGCUGCCAAGCUGAUUGGAUGUGUUUGCUUGCAUGCACCUCUGACGGACCUCCACACAAAAACAAAAGUCUUAUUUGUCUGCCAAUGAAUCUUCCAGGAAUUCAUGUUGCCAAGAAAAUAAAAAAAUUAGGCAUGAAAAGUUCUGAUACAGCACAGAUAUUUUUUGAAGAUGUUCGUGUUCCCCGGAGUUACAUAAUUGGGGAAGAAGGGAAAGGUUUUCUCUAUCAGAUGCUACAGUUCCAAGAAGAGAGGAUGUGGGGAACAGCAGGAGUUCUUGAGCCAUUAGAGAAUAUGAUCAAGAUGACCAUUGAUUACACUAGCCAGCGGAAAAUAUUUGGGUCACCAGUACUAAACAACCAGAAUGUCCAUUUUACACUUGCAGAAUUUCAGACUGAAGUAGAAAUGUUGAAAGCUCUCUUUCAUAAAUGCAUCAGCCUCUACCUUCAAGGUAAUGAUGUCACCAAAUAUGCCUCCAUGUGUAAACUGAAGGCUGGCCGACUCUCACGUAUUGUGUCUGACUCUUGCUUACAGUUUUGGGGUGGCAUGGGAUACACAGAUGAUGUCUUUAUUAGCCGAUAUUAUCGGGACCUUCGCUUGUUAUCAAUUGGUGCUGGAGUUGAUGAAGUAAUGUUGUCAAUCAUUUGCAAAUACAUGAAUAUUCUGCCAAAGACAAAGUAA